UCAGCGUUGGAGACAGAGAAAUUGAUACAGAAGGAGCAGUAAAUCUGCCAGACCUUGCUGUGUAGAAAUUUGUAACACACUUGCAAGUAUUUUUGACGACCCAGACUGAAAGAAGCAAGUGAGAUCACGGCGGUUUCCCGGUUAGGGGAAAGGUAAAAGUUGUUGAGCAAGGAGUUCAGUGGAUCAUUUUCAGCUACAGUUUAAAUCUGAUUGAAACAUCACGCUGGAAAUGUCCGAAAAUAAGCCGAAUGAUGAUCCGAAGUUGUCAACGACGGACAGGAUGAUAAAAUCCGUCCCGUUCCCGCCCAGCCACAGGCUGACGGCGAAAGAGGUGUUCGACAGCGAGGGCAAGCCCAAGGUGGACGUGCUGAAGGCCCACCUGACCAAGGAGGGGCGCGUGGAGGAGAGUGUGGCCCUGCGGAUCAUCAGCGAGGGGGCCGCCAUCCUGCGGUCCGAGAAGAACCUGCUGGACAUCGAGGCGCCGGUCACAGUUUGUGGAGACAUCCACGGACAGUUCUUUGACCUGAUGAAGCUCUUCGAGGUGGGAGGGUCGCCGGCCAGCACGCGCUACCUUUUUUUAGGCGAUUACGUCGACCGAGGAUACUUUAGCAUUGAAUGUGUGCUGUACUUAUGGGCCUUAAAGAUCCUUUAUCCCAAAACACUGUUCCUGCUUCGCGGGAACCACGAAUGUAGACACUUAACAGAGUAUUUCACAUUUAAGCAAGAAUGUAGAAUUAAGUAUUCGGAGAGGGUGUAUGACGCCUGCAUGGACGCCUUCGACUGCCUCCCCCUGGCCGCCCUCAUGAACCAGCAGUUCCUGUGUGUACACGGAGGGCUGUCCCCGGAAAUCACGCACCUCGACGACAUCAGGAAAUUAGACAGGUUCAAAGAGCCCCCGGCGUACGGGCCCAUGUGUGACCUCCUGUGGUCGGACCCCCUGGAGGACUUCGGCAGCGAGAAGACCCAGGACCACUUCACACACAACACAGUGCGCGGCUGUUCCUACUUCUACAGCUACCCUGCGGUCUGCGACUUCCUACAGCACAAUAAUUUAUUAUCAGUCAUCCGGGCCCACGAAGCGCAGGAUGCCGGAUAUCGCAUGUACAGGAAGAGUCAAACCACAGGGUUCCCAUCACUAAUCACCAUAUUUUCAGCACCCAACUACCUAGACGUGUACAAUAACAAAGCUGCAGUGUUGAAAUACGAGAACAACGUCAUGAACAUCCGGCAGUUCAACUGCUCGCCCCACCCGUACUGGCUGCCCAACUUCAUGGACGUCUUCACCUGGUCCCUGCCAUUCGUUGGGGAGAAAGUGACCGAGAUGCUGGUCAACGUUCUGAGCAUCUGCUCCAACGACGAGCUGACGACCGAAGACGAGAUCGAUGAACAGCUUAUUUAUGGCCCUAAGAAAGGAGCCACGGCGUCAGCGCGCAAAGAGGUCAUCCGCAACAAGAUCCGGGCCAUCGGGAAAAUGGCCAGAGUCUUCUCCGUCCUGAGAGAGGAGAGUGAGAGCGUCCUGACGCUGAAGGGCCUGACCCCCACAGGGAUGCUGCCGAGCGGCGUGCUGUCCGGAGGGAAGGAGAAACUCCAAAAUGAAACCGCAGCUACUAUUGAGGCUAUUGAGGCAGACGCAGCCAUCAAAGGCUUCUCGCCCCAGCACAAGAUCACCAGCUUUGAGGAGGCCAAGGGGCUGGACCGCAUCAAUGAGAGGAUGCCCCCGCGGCGCGACGCCGUGCCCUCGGACGCCAGCCUCAACUCCCUCAACAGGGCGCUGUCCUCUGAGACCAACGGCACCGACAGCAAGGGCGGCGGCGGCAGCAACAUCCAGUGAUGGGCGCCGGCCGCUCAGAGCCCGUGGCACCGCCCCCAAUCUGCAGGGUGGGACUAUCUCACCUCCUCCUUUUGGCUGAGGGGGGAGGGGUCUGGGUUUUGCGGGAUCGAGGAACGGAGAGAAAGAAAGAGAGAGAGGGGUUGAGAGAGAAAGAAAGAGAGAGAUGUGCAGGGGAAAGAUAUCAAAAUGCAAAAUUUGGUUGGGGUGUCACUUUUUAGUCUUUGGAUAUGCCUUUAAAAUGCUUGUAGACACAUGAAAAGUCAUCGGUAAUCUCUUUUGCAGAUGGAUUGGAGACGUUGUAUUUCGUUAUAUAUUGCGACAGUGGGAACGAACUUUGACGGUUAUGCUUUUAAGAGGCCUGCUCUUUACUGGAUACGGAAAUUUUGUCUAACUUCUUACUAACUCUUGUACGUUUACAAAAUACAGCACUAAAAAUGGACAUGAACGUAUGAAAUGUUUUUAACAUAUAAAGGUGUACAAACUAAAUAAGGACUAUUUAUUGAUAACUUUUUUUUCUUUUUUGCUACUCUUAUCAUUAACAAUAGCUCUGAAAUAAACGAGGCAGUCUUAAGAGAAUGUUGCAACAUUGUUAAAAUGCCAAAAAGGAAAGGUUUUAUGGUUUUUGUACAGAUCGUGCUUACCUCAGGUUUAUUUAGCGUGUGUUUCAGCCCUGUUUUCUGUAAAGUUGUUCAUUAUCUUGACAACAAAUACCUUUUUUUUCUCUGAAUUUGAUAACUGGAAUUUACGUUUAUCUAUCAUUUGCUGAUAGUUCUAUUCAGUUGAACGAUAGAAUUACUGGUUGUGGCUUGCUAGAAUUCUGUAUUGAUGAGUGGUAACUUUUUUUCCUUUUUUAAGUAUAGUGAACAAAAACAUAAACACCAUAUAACGUUAGGUGGAAUAAAGUCUAUAUUCUGUUAAAAAAAGUUUCAAUAACUUAAAGAAUCUGCCUAUGCAUGUUUUAUAAAAGUCAUUAAAUAAAGGAAAUAAUUAAAUCAUGGAAUUAAAUUAACUUGGCUGCCAAGACAUAUUGGGGACUUUAGUGUGCUUAGCAGAUAUAUACUGGAAAUGUAAACCGAUAUUCUUAAUAGUCACUCUAUGAUACUGCGUUAUGCCUUCAGCUUAUUUUGUAAUUAACGCAUUGAACUAUUUAAGACGGAAGAGGAUUCAUGCUACUUUUAACAUAAGCUUUUAAGUGCACAUGUAGUGUACACCAGUUAGCAUGGUUAGCGAUUCUUGUGAGAUACGUUUGUGGUUACACGUGGAAAUCAAAGCGCAUGGAUAGCUGUUAGUGUCAUAUAAUGGUUUAGUCAUUUAUGUUCUGUUUCGUAAUGUGCCACAAAGUGUAAUUUUGUUAUGAUUCUGAUUAUUAUUAUUGUUAUGUUUAUUAAUAUUAUUAUUAUUUGGAACUCUUUUGCUUUGUAUAUCAUUUGCAGGAUCGUUACUGCACCGUACUUUAAAACAAAGUUUAAAAAGAAAAGUCUGUUGAUCUUUUUUUUUUUUUAAAAAAAAAAAAAAAA